UUUAAACUUCUUUGCGCGUACGGUUGUCACAGAAAUACCUUAAGGAGUAUAACACAGAGGAUUCAGCAGCGCUGUGUCUCAGAUCCACCAAAAUGAGUGACAACAAUCCCGUCAAAGAGGAAGUGCAGAACUUUGACAAGAAGUGUUUAAAGAAGACCACCACGGAAGAGAAGAACACCCUGCCCUCCAAGGAGGAUAUUGAACAAGAGAAGAAAGCGUCUUGCACUGAAGCCUCCAAAUGAAAAAGCCACAGCUCUUUCUCCAUCUCCAAGUCCCCUCCCUCACCUCCCUUUUGCCAGGAUCCUACCCCUGUCUGUCUCCCCUGGUUAUCCACUCCACUCCAGCACAUUCACCUAAAUGGCACCGAGACACUGGGGUGAGGGGAGAAGGAAAGGCCAUGUGAAGGGGUAAAAAGGGGAGCGUUCCAGUGUCCCAGCAAUCGCAGCUGUGUAAAUUUUGAUUCUCGCUUUAUGACACAUUCCAUAGAGAGGAGGAAGAAAGUGAAAGAUUGGAAUCUGACGGCUUUAGAAGUGCUUGCAUCAAUAAGAUGACAUCAACAACAUUUCUGUCAUCGCUAGGCGCUCUCUGUAUCUGGUGCCAUUUUGGAUUUAUUAUUCU